CCCUUCCCCAAUCGGUCCGUCCUUUUAGAAAGUAGAUGCCAGCUGAUCAGCCUCGACAACGACGCAGUCACCAAGCACCGGUCUCUGCAAAGUUCGAGGCCAGAUCUGGUGCCCUACAACCCCAUGAGAUAUGAGAGCAGGGCACUUUGAAACCGAUGCUCCUCACGAACGACUUCGAGGGGGAUUAAAUCCGUUUUAUCUCCGCCGACGAUUCCAAUGGAGAUUGGAGGUUAUACGGACGUCGAUGUUUGUCUGUAUCUACAACGUCCACGCAGACGUCAGGGACAAGAGUUGAAUGGGGCUGGGCUCGACAUAUAAAGCCGGCUGGUGUCGCUCUUAGUGGCUACUCACCAUGCAGCCGCUGUCCUCGCAACCACUGUUAUCCAGUCACCUAGCAUUGCUUCCACUGCGCGCUACCGCAAGAACAAGAUGGUCUCGCUACCAGACACUCAUCAUGCGCUGGUGCUUUCCUCCUUAGACGCUCCGCUCGAAGUCAAGUCCAUUGCCGCGCCAGAGCUUAUCCCAGGAAGCGCCAUCGUCCAGGUACUUUCGUCGCCCGUUCUCGCAUACGCGGCGAAGCUCUACUCUGGCGCCCUGCAAUACCCACUACAUCCUCCCAUGACCGUGGGCGGCGGGGCGAUUGGACGCAUUGUCGCGGUGGGCAGCGACGCCACGCACCUCGCGCCGGGCCAGCUGGUCCUCGUCGACCCCAUGAUCCGCGGCCGCGACGACCCCGCGAAGAGCAUCCUGCUGGGCGUCCACGGGGGGCUUUCCGAGGGCGCCGCGCGGCUCAUGAAGGGGGACUGGCGGGACGGCUCGUGUGCCGAGUUCGCGCGGUGGCCGCUCGAAAACAUCCACGCGCUCGACGAGGACAAGUUGAAGGACGGGCUCGGCUACUCGCACCACGAGAUGGCCUACAUCAUCCGCUUCCUGGUGCCAAUGGGCGGCCUGGCAGAGCUGGACGUCCGAGCCGGCGACCGCGUCGUCAUCGCCCCCGCGACGGGCCAGUUCGGCGGGGCCGCCGUGGAAGUCGCCCUGGCGCUGGGCGCGGACGUGGUCAUCUGCGGCCGCAAGAAGGACGUCCUGGAAGGGAUGAAGGCGACGUUGGGCCCCGUGUACCCCCGCAGCCGCAUCGACGCGGUCGCCCUGUCGGGCACCGUGGACACGGACGUCGCCGCCAUCCAGCACGCCGGCCCCGUCGACAAGUACCUGGACUUCUCGCCUGCGGCGGCGGCCGGGUCGACGCACAUCACCAGCUGCCUGAUGUCCUUGCGCAAGGGCGGCCGCGCCUGCUUCCAGGGCGGCAUCGCGCAGCCCGUCCCGAUCCCGUACCUGCACGUCAUGUUCAACGACCUGGUCAUCGGCGGCAAGUUCAUGUACGAGCGCGAGGCCAUCCGCAGGGCCAUCGCCCUGGUCGAGUCCGGCAGGCUGCGCUUCGAGUUGCCGGGCCUCAAGGCCUUUGGGCUGCGCGAGUGGCGCGAUGCGUUCGCCGCGGCGGAACGGAAUGGUGGGUGGAGGCAGAUGGUCGUGUUGGAGCCCGCGAAGCAAUCCACGUAA